UGUUCAGACCCUGAAGGGGCGGAAGUUGUGAAACGUGUGUGUGCGUGCGCAUGAGCGAGUGUGCGCAUGUGUGUGUGUGUGUGUGUGUAUGUGCGUGCGUGCGCGCGUGUGUGUAGCGGUGCCGUGAUGGCAUGGGAAGAGCCGACAGUCAGAGAGGAGUGAGAAGUUGUCGGGGAUGGCGGACAAACCUGUGUUCGUGAAGCUGUUCGCCGCCGGGUUUUACGGUGUCAGCUCGUUCUUCAUCAUCGUGGUGAACAAGAGCGUCCUCACUAACUACGGGUUCCCUUCUUCAAUAUGUGUCGGAAUUGGACAAAUGUUGGCCACAGUGGUCGUGCUGUGGGUGGGCAAGGCUGCGAAGGUGAUCAGCUUCCCGGACUGCGAUGAGAGCAUACCUCGCAAGACGUUUCCUCUACCUCUUCUGUAUGUGGGAAAUCAAAUCACUGGUCUGUUUGUAACCAAAAGGCUCAAUCUGCCGAUGCUUACUGUCCUCAGGAGGUUCUCCAUUUUAUUCACAUUGCUGGCAGAGGGAUUUCUGCUCAAGAAGAAAUUCUCCAGGCCAGUCCAGCUGACAGUAUUUACAAUGAUCCUCGGGGCGUUUAUAGCCGCAAGCGCUGACUUGUCCUUCGACCUGCAAGGCUACGUGGUCAUUCUCCUGAACGACGUGCUGACUGCAGCCAAUGGAGUCUAUGUGAAACAAAAAUUGGAUGCAAAGGAGUUGGGGAAAUAUGGAUUGUUGUAUUACAAUGCAUUAUUUAUGAUAAUUCCCACUCUGAUGUUUGCUCAUGCGACUGGAGAUGUGCAGAAGGCGAUUAAAUAUGACGGUUGGUCCAACAUGUUUUUCCUCACCCAGUUCAUCCUGUCAUGUAUCAUGGGGUUUGUCCUGAUGUAUUCCACUGUGCUCUGCACACAGUACAACUCUGCCUUAACAACUACGAUCGUGGGCUGCAUCAAGAAUGUCCUAGUGACAUACAUUGGGAUGGUGUUCAGCGGAGACUACAUUUUCUCUUGGACCAACUUCAUAGGUUUAAAUAUCAGUAUUGCGGGCAGUAUGGUGUACUCCUACAUCACGUUCACAGAGGAGCAGACAACCAAACCAAGUGAAAGCAACAAGCUGGACAUCAAAGGCAAGGUGGUUGUAUGACAGAGACACUGGAUUUAAUUAUUUUUAUGCUGACGAACAGGAAAACUCUAUUUUUAGUACGACUUUUAUUUAUGGACUAUUUUAGAGACAAAGCUGAUGGAAACGGUGUUAUGGUGAAAUCCUUCACCAUGACUCCCCCUGCUGUUGCCAUGCUUAGGAAACCCUCCAGUGGGAUUGUGGGUUGAUUUCUAUUUUUUGAUGUAGUUUUCUUUUUAAAUAUUUGUAUUUUGAUACUGUGCUUGUGAGUAUUAAGAAGAAGGGAAACAGGGAAGCAGUGUUAUUUAUGUUAGAACAUUUCUUGACAGUUCAACAGACUGAACAUUAAAUGUUGGGAUGAUGUAAAGUUUCCUGAACACAGGAGCGAACAGCUGGGACGGCCGAUUGUUAGAAGCAUGGGUGUUUACUGAUGAAUCGCGGGAAUAGUAUGUAACGCUUAUUUUAAAGGCACACUCCUUGUUUUUGCUGUUUUUGCUGUUUACAAGAAAUGUAACUAUAGAUGCCUUCUAAGAACAGUGAGAUGCACUGGCACUGUCAUUAUCUGUUAUUUCGGAUUUACGUACUUUAUUUUUUUGAGUUUUGUGGAUACACUGUUACAAGCAUGUUACAGACGGAUGGUGAAUGACAGUGAUCAAACCUCAUCCUAUAAACAAACAAAGUGGAUGUGCAGUGGGCUGUCGAUUCCCAUCAAGGAUUGUGGCUUUUAAUAUUGUUGCUGCCUCCUCUUGGGAGAUAAUUUAAAGAUAACGGUUUACAUUUUUCAGAUUAACAGAAUGUUUGUUGUGGAUGUCAGUGAUUCUCUCUCUAUGCAGAAUUAACAAACAAGGGGACCCAUUUCUUUUCUUUUUUGACACAGUGUUAUGGCACUUUUAACUGAGGUAGCUCCUGCUGAAUUGCCUCACCUACAUUUAUAUGUUGAUAUGAGAUUAUUGUACCUGAAAUGUAAUUUUUAGGUUAUUUCAAGAGAAACGUGGUUAUCUUAACCUUAAGUAGUCAGGUACGAGUGUUGUCUUUUCUUUUUUUUUUUACAUUUUUAUCUACAUCAUUUUAUAUUUAUUACUUUUUUAGACUAAUAUCCAUUUUUAUAGAUGGUGUGACUUGUUAAGUGUGGAUGGUGAUCUCAUCUCACAGUAACGAUGCAUUUUUAGCUGGAACAAUGUCAUGUAUUUUUACAUUAAAACAAACCUGUUGACACAA